AUUUAAUUAAAUUUAUUUAUUUAAUUAAUUUCUAUUUAAUUCUUUGUAUUUUUUUUAUUAUUUAUAUGUAUAUUUUAUUUUAUUUUACAAUAUUAACGGAUUAUCCUAAAUUAACUGGAUUACAUAAUCAAUUAAAAUUAAAUCCUGGUUUGUCAAUCAUACCUAAUUCAAAUAGUUUAACAAGUCUUAUUAAUUUUCAUACAUCAAAUCCUGUAUCUUAUUCAUCUAUGAUAGAUGAAAUGACUGGAUUUUUAUCAUAUUAUCAAUAUCAUAUUACUGGUGGUAUGUUUGAUUCAUGUGAAUAUAAUCCAAAAUUAUUAAAUAUGAGACGUCCAUGUCGUUUUAAUUUAAAUUCAAUUGGUCCAUGUAAUUUAAAAAAUGGUUAUGGUUAUCAUGAAGGUAAACCAUGUUUUGCUAUAAAAUUAAAUCGUAUUUAUGGUUGGUUACCAAUACCAAUAAAUAAUUAUACUAAUAUUUUACUUAAAUGUGAAGGUUUAACUAAACUUGAUUCAGAUUAUUUAGGUAAAAUAUGUUAUUAUGAUAGUGAUUCAUUAAAACAACAUAAUUCAUUAAAUACUAAUAUUGAUUGGUGUAAUAAAAAUUAUGGUAUUUAUGAUUCAAUGUUUUAUCCUUAUUUAAAUCAAGCUGGUUAUCAAUCACCAUUAGUAUUUGUACAUUUUCGUAAUCCUAAACGUCAUGUUAUCAUAUGGAUAAAAUGUUAUGCAUUAGCAAAAAAUAUUCAUGUAAAUAUUAAUUCCAAUGAAGGUUCUAUUGUUUUCCAAAUACUUGUUGAUUAAUUUCUAAUAGAAAAUAUAAUUUCAUUCAUGUUUAUUUGUUUGUUUAAAUGUAAUUCAAUAUUCAUUUUCAUAUUGAAAGAAAAGCAAACAAAUAAACAAACAAACAAGCAAACAACAAACUAUUAAAUUUUAUAAAAUCAGCUAAUUAUAUAUAAAACAAUAUAUAUACAUUCUUAUGAAAACAAGACAGGUUCCAAAUGAAAAUAAUACCUGCAUAUCAUUGAAUUGAAAACAUUUCAUAUAGUUUUUUUGUUUUGUUUCUGUUUUCACAAUUUGUUUUCGUUGUUGUUGUUGUUGUUGCUGUUGGUGCUAUCGUUAUUGUUAUAAUUAAUCAAUUGUCUGAAUAUAAUAAUAAUAAUAAUUACUAUUAAGUGUAAUAUAUUAAACAUUACAUAUAUUUAUUAAAAUAACUAUUUAUUCUAUUAAUUAAAAAUUCAGUAGUUCAUUGAAAUAACAAUAUUUUUGAUUUACUUCUUUUUUUCGAUUUUUGGAAAUUUAAACAAAUGGUUAUGUUCAAUGUACAAUGUAUGUGUUUUCUUUUUGUGUAUGUAGGAGUAAUAUAUCAUUUGAUUUUAUACAAAAACAGUAUAAUGAAUUAAAGAAUUAAAUAAUUUACAUAAUUUUUGUUUUAUGUUUAAUUGUUAGAAAAAAUGAGUAAUUUUUGUUGUUGUCAUUGUUUUAUUUGAAUAUGUUGAAUAUAGAAUUCGUACUUGAUAAUUCUUUUCUUUAUAUUUAAAUCUUCAAUUGUUUGAAUAAUGUCUGGUAGUCAUUUUGCUAUUCUACUAUUAUGUAAUGUAAUAUUAUAAUAAUCAUGUUGUUAGUAUUUAGUAAUUUUAUCAAAUAACAACAAAAUGAUAACAAAAGUAUUUGUUAUUGAUAAUAUGGAAACUAGCAGAUAAUUGAUUUGGAAUAUAUCAAAAUCAGAUUGGAAUCUUGUAAUCUAUGUCUUUCAUACAUUUGUAAAAUGAAAUGCAUCACUACUCUUUUUGAUAAAUAUCUCUCACAAUUGAUUGAUCACCGGGUGAUCAAUCAAUUGUGAUUACAUAUCAGUCCUACAGGAGGUUGGUCACGGCCUGGAUAGCUCAGUGGUAACGUCUCUGAUUGUGAAGCUGAGUGACACGGGAUUGAAUCCGUCAGGGAGCACCAGUUCCCUCAAGAUUACGGGUACACCUUGCUGACGAGUGCCAAGUAGCACGACACCCGGGUCCAGGGUUUCCUUUUCGAUUACCUCCAACCACCAUCUAAUUUGGUAAAUAACUCUAUCUCAAAUUAUAUACAACUCAGUAGUAUAAUUAAUAUUUUACUAAUUUUGUCACUUAAUUAAGUAAAUCCCCACUGACUUAUUGUUAAUAAGUUGUAUUUCUCAUAAAGCUACGAUUAAUUUCUAUUUAUCGAUGUACAAAAAUAGCGUUUUCAUUAUAAAGCAUUUUAAAUGACCGCAACAAAAUUUAUAUCUUUAAAACCUGAAAUCAUGAGACAAUUGAAGCCAGACCUGGAAGUACUGAACGGCCGUUUUAUCCGCGCAGGAUUCGAACCCAGGACCUAUCGGUCUUGCGCGCGAACGCUUAACAUUUAGACCACUUUCUUUUUUCAUGUUUGUCUAUAUUCGAGCAAUGUUUUCUUUGAAUACGUGUGACGUGUUUUGUCUUAUUACGACAUCUGUUGACCUCUUGAUAUAUGUCAUUACCAAUCAGUUGUCAAGCUGAAUUUCCUUUCUGAAGUAUGGCACCUAGAAUUUCUGUAAAAUAUUUCACUCAUGUUAACAUACAAAUUAAGGUUUAAACUAACGGUUUGUUUAACUAGCCAAGUUAAUAAAUGAAUGAAUGCAGUAAACAGCUAUUACGAAAUUUACAUAAACAAUUGAUUCACUGUACUGAGCUCUUUUCGACUUGAACAGAAUAUUACUCAAUUCUAUUCAUCGUAUGAAGUAUGAAUUUCGAAGUCCCUCAACUAUACGUAAUGUCAAACAUUGUGAAUAAUAAAACCUAGGCAUAACAAUUCACAGCAGAUUUCUCUUUUAAGUUUCCAGGAUAAACACUUAACUCACAAAGAAAGAAGAAUAUCUGGUACAGUGACUAAAAUAAGAGUAAAAUAAAAUUAAACAAAAACAUCGACGAGACAAGAUAGAGUCGUUUUUUAUGUUUGAUCAAACGCCAAAUUUAUUAAAUCACUUAGUAAAAUAGAUGAAAUGUGGUUUUUAAUGGAAUCCGAAAUGUUUUUUCUUUUCUAUUUGGGACUUCUAAGCUGCUAGCUAUUCUGUAAAUUAGCUAUAAUGAGACAAUCAGCGAAGGAUACACAUAUUAUCAGUUAAGACUGAUCUGAGGUGGUGGUUGAAGUUAGUCGACUAGGAACCAUAGGUUUCGUGUUAUUUGUCACUCGUCAGCAAUGUAUGUACAUAAUCUUAAUGAAACCGAUAGAUUCAAUCCCAUGUUAACAUGUUUCACAGUCAGGGAAUUUAACAUUGAUCUGUCCUAAGCAGGACAUGACACAUAUAAUACUGGUCACUAUACAGUGACAAUUCAAUUGUAAGAAUGACCUAAAUUCAGUCAAGAAUUUCAACUAUGGGAUAAUUCAAUACAUUACAAACUAAAUUAAGGAAACCUGUUAUGAAUCAGGUAGAACGACAGUUUGUAUAUUUAAAACUGAAAAAUACGAGAAAAAUAUUUACGACUGAACUGCUUCACAGAAGUAUUUGCAUCGACUGCUAGUAAGUUGAUAACGAUGUUAUAUAUUUAAAUAUGCCAAUUGGUUUCCAGUUUGACUGUUAACUCUGCGUUUAACCUAAAAACAUGCACGUUUUAUUUUGUGUUUCAUUUGAAUUUAUAGCACCAUCAACAACACCAUAGAUUGAUCUUAAUUUUUAAGAUGCGCGAUUUCACCAAUCGGUUGAAAUUUGACAAUGAAUGCCAUCAAUUAAUGGCUCAAACGUCUAAAGCUUAAGCGUUUUCCGUGAGACAUGGGGAUCCUAGUUUCAAUCACCGGACGAUUCUUGAAUGCCUACUUUCAAAGAAUUUCAUACUAAGAUGAAAUAGCCACCAAAUGCUUUUUAGUAUCCAAUAGUUGCCUAACAGAAACCAUUUCAUGAUGUAAAUUAAGAAGUUUAACCAACAUCAUAAUUUUUUUUUUGAGUUUUAUUUUCGUUCUCUGAAGUAAUAAUUUACAAUAUCCAUGCAUUUAUUUGUAAAGUGAUCAAACAAUAGUACCAAUUAUAAAUAAAUAAUAUAUUUGUAAUAUCCCAAUGAGUAGAAAAAUUAGAUUUUCUGACGUUUCGUGACUUAGUGUAAGCUACUUCUUCAGAGAAGAAUUAGCCAAAUUAAAAUUAAUCCAAGUUUAAAUAAUACAACAACUGCUCCGUUUGUACCUGCAUGUGUAUACGUGUUCCCUUCUUGUCAAAAACAUAAAACCAUUGCGUUUUCAAAAUACAUUGUUACUAGUUUAUCUAUUUGAAUAAUUAACGGUUUGUCUAGUUAUGAAAAAAAUUGCAAUAGACUAAUAGGUUUUAGAGGUCAUACCCUACUUGAGCACGUGGAUAUUUACAGUCAGAUAGAAUAAAGUAAAAGACAUAGAAAUGUGUUUACAUCUAACAACAAACAUUAAAAGAAUUAAAAUCAAAUUGACUCGCUCAAUAAUCAAAAAUACUUUCGAAUAUCACUCAAAGGUUGGUAAAGAAAUCGAUAGUUACCGAUGAAAUAAUUUUAUUUGAGCAGUUUCAGUGGUUGGAUUUUAAUCAUUUCAGGAGUGUGAUCGAUAACAGUAGAUUGUUGUUCAUGGUAUCCGGUCAACGAACAUUCAGUAUGUUACGUAGACAAUUGUUUGAUAAUGGUUGCGGUGGUUCUCCAAGUUUCAGCUGUAUACAAUAGAACCGUCUUGACAUUCGUAUUGAAGAUUCUGACUUUGAUAUCGGUUGACAGUUGUUUUGUGUUCUAUAUGUUCUUCGAUUGUAGGAACGCGGCCCUUGCCUCGCCAAUCCUCGCCUUCAUGUUUGUAUCGGAUCCUCUUUGUUCAUCGAUAAUACUUCCCAGGUACGUGAACGAUUCCACAUAUUCCAGAGCUUCUCCAUCAAGUGUGAUUCGGUCUAUAUCCUCCGUGUUGUAUUUGAGAAUCUUGGUUUUACCCUUGUGUACGUUGAGGCCUAUGGGUGCAGAGGCUGUUACUACGUUGGUUGUCUUCAUAUGUAUUUGUUCGUGUGUAUGGCAUAGGAGGGCCAGGUCAUCUGUGAAGUCCAAAUCUUCUCAUUGAUUCUGAGCUGUCCAUUUUAUUCUGUUUUUUCUCAGAUGUCAAGGUUUUCAUAAUCCAAUUGAACACCAGAAGAAAGUGAAAGGGUGAGGGUAGACAGCUUUGUCUAACUUCAAUCCUUACUUGAAAUACAUCUAUCAAUUGUCCUCCAUUCAUAACUUUGCAUUGUAGUCCGUUGUAUAAAUUCCUUAUGAUAUUAACAAUCAUUUCAAGUACGCUAUAAUCUCAAAAAACUUUCCAUAAUGAUUUCCUAUCCAUAUUGUUAAAUGCUUUCUAAUAAUCAUGGCAUAACAACUAACUAUUAUCGAAUUUCAGUACUUUUUUCCUUUAUAAAUAUAAUAAAGAAAUAUUUGUGGUUGCGCACUGCUGAGGAGUCCCAUACUAGGACGAAAUGGCCGUCCAGUGCUUCCAGGUUUUCCAUGGUGGUCUAACUUCAAUUGCUUCAUGAAUUCAACUAUUGAAAUUGCUAAAAUCUACACAAAACGCCUUCUGAAAAUAUAUAUCAUCAGACUAUGGAUUUUCACAUUGAAACAAACAAAGAAACCAUCCAAUAAAUUUUCAUUUAACAAAAUUUUGUUUAAACUCAUUUAAUAAACUAACCUUUAAUUCAAUCAUAAAACCUUUAUGUAUAAUAAAUAUGAUUAGAAUAACAUUUUCAGAAUAAGAUAAAUCUAAUCAAUUUAAUCUAUUCAACUAAAUUAUAUAAAUAAAUCAGUAACCACCAAAUAAUAAUAAUAACACAGUUUAUUAUCUUGAUAUGUCCACUUUAUAUUUGGGCACUUGGAUACAAUGAUGUGCUGUAUAUAUAUAACUAUUAAAAAAAGAAGAAAAAAAGAGAAAGAAGAAAGAGAGAUCAAUCAAUAUGAAAAAC